CACAAGAUGAUCUCUGGGCUUUGUGAACUUACUUACUACCUAUACAGCUUUGCCCGCUUCAUCGUCGGAAAAAAAAAAAAACCAUGAAAACCCCUCGUCAAAUCUGGGACCAUAGAUGCGCAGCAACUCAUCCCAACUUCGACUCCGUCUGUUCGAUUUCUGUUCUCGGACCUCAGGUCUUCUUGGGAUUGUCCUCGAUUACGAGUAGAACUGCCCGCCGGGUUUAUGGAUGAGUUUAUUGGUCUCUACAGGUUUUAGUUGGCAACAUGGAAAUCUUAUUAACUGUGCCACUCGCCCCUCCGCGCCAUGAUGCGCUGGGGUACACUUUCUUGACGUUCCUGGGAACGGGAAUAAAUUGCUGCUAUACUCGUUCUUGUCCUGAGGCCUUCUACCCUCCAAACUUCAUCUCGAGCUGUACUUCGACGGGUUCGCCCGUGAAUCUGAAAUGUAUGCUCGCAAUAUGAAGCUGUUAUGCCUCCAGCUGGGGUUUGGCUUCGUAUUGGCUGCCGAUCCAUCGGUGAUGCUCCCUUCGGAUGGACAGCUGCCUGUCCUCACGCUAUCUUAUACGUCUUAUAGAGCGACAAACUACAGCUCUCUUGGAGAUAUUUACACAUUCAAAAACAUUCGCUACGCAGCCGCCCCCGUCGGUGACUUGAGAUGGGCAAAACCCGCCGCGCCCCAGAGCGAGAACGGUGUCCAGGACGGCAGUUAUGGACCUCAUUGUAUACAGACUGCACAAGCAGGGGCGAGUUUCGUCGGGAAUGGCAGUCCUGGCCCAGCUGGAAGUGGUCCAAAUCAAUUCUUGGGUGGUGAACCUGUUCCGAUAUUCGCGGGAGGCAAAGAAGAUUGUCUAUUUCUCGACAUCUAUGCUCCCGCCAAGGCAAUAAAAGACCCUUCUAUGAAGCUGCCUGUGGCCGUAUAUAUACACGGUGGCGGUUAUCUCUUUGGCAGUAAAGACGCCUUCCAGCCACAAUUCCCGUAUUAUGACGGAUCGGGCCUCAUCGAAAGCGCCGGUGGCAACACGAUAGUUGUGGUAAUGAACUACAGACUAGGGGGGUUCGGCUUUCUCGCGGGGACCACCGUGGAGAAGGAAGGUCUGCCCAACGCCGGCCUAUGGGACCAAAGGGCUGCUUUUCAGUGGGUGAAGGAUAACAUCCACGCGAUCGGUGGUGACCCCAACGCCGUCACUGCCAUUGGCCAAGCAAGCGGUGCUGGGUCUCUGAUGCAUCACAUUGUUGCACAAGGUGGCAAGCUGGAUCCCUUGUUUUCAAAGGCCAUCUUGCUUUCGACAUCAUACCAAUCAAUGUGGGACCGCGAUGGUCAAAUCCAGCGGGUUUUUGAAGGGUUCGCUUCAAAGGCCGGCUGCCAGGGUCAAGGCCUUGCUUGCUUGAGAAAAGCUAGCGAAGCAGACUUGACAAAAGCCAACGACGCUCUGUCGGGCAUGGUUCCAGAGGGAUCUUGGCCUGUCGGUCCGUCAGCGGACGGUUCGUACAUCAGACAGCUUCCGGUUCUUGAGCUUGCCUCUGGCAGGUUCUGGAAUUUGGAUUCCAUGAUAGUGUCUCACUGCGCAGACGAGACCUCACCAUUCGCCGACGCCAACAUCGUGACCGAUAACCAGUUCACCACAUUCGUUGAGAACCGGUAUCCUCAGUAUGUCAAGGAUCUGGGAAUCACCAACAUCAUGCUCAAGAAUUAUCCGGCCGUGGGGUUGGGCGUUCAAGGGCCGUACCUCACCGAGGCGCAGCGCUUCGCUGCGUUUUUGCGCGACAGCACCUUUACGUGCUACGGCAGGUCCAUGACUGAGAAUCUCAAGAAUGGAACUUCGCGUCGCGUCUGGAAUAUGCAGUAUUCUGUAUCGCCGGGCACUUAUGGUUCGGACCUGUUGACGAUGUUCUACAACCAGAACCUGACUUCCCUAAACACGGUCACGGGAUCCCUGGUCUCUGUAUUCACGCCCCUCACGGCUGCGGUGUACAGUGGUCUCAGCGUCAACUACCAGAGCUACAUGACGUCGUACAUAACCACGGGCGAUCCAAACACCAGGCGCGUCCGCAACGCGACUGUGCCGACCAUACAGUGGGAUCAGCCCGAUACCAGCAAGGAGCAGGUGACGGGUGUCCUGGACGUCGGGACGCUUUCCUUUAGCACGGUCUCCGACUCACAAAUGCCCAAGACGUCGUGCGACUUUUGGAAGAACGUGGCGGCGGCGGUGACCAACGGCGGGGGUUACGCUCCGCCCGACACGGUCGUGUCCCAGAACCUCGUCAACAUAACCAACGACCCAAGCUACCGCUUCAAGACCGGGUCGGGCACACACGGCGAUACUCCCGGCAGUGGUGGGUCGCCGAGUGGUGGCAACGUGUCCCUGGGGACGACAUUGGCAGUUCCCAUUGCUGCGUUGUUUAUCCUGGCCGGACCAAUGAUGUUCUUUUGA